AUGCCAAUCAUAAUUGUACGCGGAAACUUAGCAAGUUAUAGCCAAAAAACUAAUGAAAAAUUUCGAGUGAUGGUAAGCGGCUUGAAACCUGUCGACAUAGAACAAUUUUCUAGUCGUUUUGCUUGCGGAGGAUACUCUGACGAACAGACUAUAGUAUUUUUAGCUCAUCCUUGCAUAAUAUUGUCUGCAUUAGAAGUCCUAGGGUAUCGAGUUGUUGCUUCUUCCUCGACAGCAGUUAAACAGGAUUACAAUGAGUAUAUGUGGACUAUGAGAAAAGAAUUUUCUGAACCAGAACCUGACGAGUAUCCACAUAAAAUUGACGUUCCAGAAUAA